AUGGAAUGUAGGAUGUUCGAAAUAACCCUUGUUUCAGCAGACGACCUCCCCGAUUUCCGUAAAUACGGGCAGACGAUGAAAGUCUACGCGAAGGUUUGUCUAAAGAAAUCGGAUUACUCGAAAAAGGUUGUUACUCUCAAGGGAGACAAAAAAACCACUCAGAAAACCUCAGUUGACAGGUGCGGAGAAACCAACCCUAGAUGGAAUUUCCCCAUCGAGUACACGUUCAGAGAGUCAGCUAUUCAGAGCUCAGGCGUCAAAAUCUCCAUCAAACUCUACACUAAGAGAACCCUAGUCAAAGACAAAUUUGUCGGACAUGUUGAUGUGCCGUUGAAGAGUCUUUUCGAUGCGGGAUUGAGCACCGAGAAAAUUUUCAGUUACACGGUGGCGGGUACUCCUUACGGGAAACUGAAUAUUACGUACACUUUUAGCGAGGUGUUUUGCGUUACAAAAGCCUCACUGUUGAAAGCUGCAGCUCGCGGCGCGGGGAUUGCGGCUUUGGUCCAUGGAGCGUGGUUUAUGUUGACCGGAGAUUUUAGUUUGCUUCUUACUAACUAG